GGGAAUAUGGGUAUGCGGCAAGAAUCUUUUCUCAUCCCGUGAUUACGUCGAAAGAAAAAGAGGCUUGAACUGAAAGCUGGCAUUCGAAUUUUUUUACCUUUUAGGAAAAGUAAGGUAGUAAAAGAAUGAUAACUACGGUUAAACGGGAGCUGAAGAGCAGCGAUUGCAAUGCGACAUAUACCCCUUUUGGGAACACACGAAUUCGAAACGUUCUCAAGGAUUUCUAUUUUGAAGGGAAUAUAGGCUACCAUUGUAUGGAUUUUGUACCAGAUAGUAGCAGCAGCCGUGAAGGUGAUAAUAAUGAAACCUCUGGUGGUACAAACCAAAAAAGAGAUGAUGAUGAAGAGGAUGACCAACUCAGUGAAGAUGAUUUUGAGCUCGUUGAAGAAAACUUUGGCAGCAAAAUGAAGAUUCGAAAAACUGAUAUGCCGGAACGCAUGCAACUUCGAGAUGUUCCCAAUCCCAUUACUUCUGUCGAAGAAGGUUCUGCCGAAUCGGAUUUAGCCCCUUCUCCAGUACUUGCUAUCGCUGCUCAAGUGGAAAACAUUGUCGUGGCUGGCCCUCUUGGUAUUUUCGCGGCAAAUCCCGGUCUAUUGGAAAGGCGUUUGAGGUGCCAAGACUAUGACACAACAGGUCGCUGCCCACGCCCCAUUGGCUUAUGUCCAUUCACGCAUGGAUAUGAGCCGCCAUGUGCAGUGCAUCGUGCGUUGAUGGACAUAGAACGAUUCCGACCUCAACAACCAGAUGAACGAAUUGACGAAGCCAAGAACACGCAAAAACGCGUUACGCUAUCCUGUAUCUGCGCUCGAGUUAUCCGGCAAAAUGCAAUACCACUCGACCGGCUUCCACAUCACCUCCAAGUAUUCGUCGCUCGUCACAGCGCAGGCCCAUGUCAUCUCCCUUGCCUUGCAUGUCGUUUUGCUGAUAAUUGAUCUCGCAUUGGUUUCUGUAUGAUUCUUUGAAUUUCAUUUGAGCUUCUCUCUUCUGUCAAAGAUUUCUCUUAUUUUUACAAUUUUCGAUUCCGGUUCUCUCGCGAGAAAAGAAGUUAGUAAAUUCUUUUUUUUUUUUCUCACUUUUAGUCUUUUACACAGAAGUAAAUUUUCCGUUGUCUCAUUUGUUUUUCAAAUAAAAAGUGAUUCACUUCAGUCAUUGGUAGUAUAACAUUUCUCAGUUAAAAGAAAUCUGUGGAAGGUUAUUCGUUUUUCAAUGUCUCCCCUCCAGCGAUUGGCGUAACACCUGGCCUCGAAUUUAUUCACUUAAAAACCGAUUCAGAGGUAAGUAUCAGUUUAGUCACUUGCAGUCUUCCGCCGUGGGAAGGUUUAAAUGUUUUUAUUUUCACAAGGAAGCAUUGCCUACCAUCACCCAGAAAAGAUAGGCCUUUUGUGUCCUGUGAAGGUGUUGCAUGGUUAGGUUAAUUGCUAUGGUGGUGGCCCUGUAUAGUGUGUUACAGUGGGUCUUCUAUUUCAUAUUUUGACACAAACACCGUCAAUAAAUUCAUCUGUUACACAAGA